AAAAAAUUAAUAUAUUUUUUUAAACAUUAAAAAAUCAAUAAAAAAAAUUUCUUCCAGAUCUCUUUCAGUCCUACUGCCCGGCCGGCCGAUCUCUGAAGCCUGCUCUUCCUCUUCUCUCUUUCCCUUUCCCUUCCCUGCUCUCUUUUUCUUCUCUCUGGGCUAUGGCAGAUCGUAGGAAGAAGCAAAUCGCAGGUCUUCUUCUUCUGCUUCUUGAGACAGAGGCCAGCCGAUAUUUCCAUCCAAGAUUUCCACCUACAACCGGCUUUUCCUCUGUGUUUCCACCAUUGUCCAUCAAAAAUCCGACACUCCCAUCGAUUUUCGACGACUCUGCCGACAUUUGUCGACUCCGGCGAUAUUUCAGAAACUUCUUCCACCCCCCUAUCGGUGUCGCCGGUGUCCGACACACGACAUUGUCGCCGAUAUUUCCACUGUGUCACCGAUUUUUGCUUAACUGGAUAUCUGCUAGGAAAAUAUCUGCUGACCAAAUUUCCUAAUUAAAAGGUGUAAUUCACAAAUUGUGAAAACUCAAGCACUCUAUCAGGAGAAAUAUUUGGAGUAGUUAACAGCUUAUUUAUAAAGCAGGUAAUACGUACAAACUCCAUGUAUUAUUAUUAUUAUUAUUUUUCUUUUUCAGUCUAACAAGUUUUAGUUGAAAAGUAAGCACUGAAUUUGGGACUUGACAAGUUAGGUGUGUACUAAUUAAUGAGAUGAGACUAUAGUCAAUCAGCUGAAUAUAUAAGCAUCCUCAAAAGUCCAAACCUCCAACAAACUAACCCAAACCUCCAAAAGCUAACCCAAACUCAUCACAAAUUGCUCUGAUCAUCAUGGCUCUUUGGUAUCCUGGGCAACAUAUCUCAGCUUCGUUGAUUACCACUUUUUUGCUUCUGAAUUAUAUCCCAUAUUCAUCCUUUUCACUUGAAUUUGAUUAUCCAGUACUAGAUCAACAUAAUCGUACCUUAAUAACCCAAGGAAAUACUACAUAUUUGGGUUCAGAAAUCCAACUGACCAAAUUAAACAAAACAGACCAGAUUGGGCAUGUAAAGUAUUUUGAAGACUUUCAACUUUGGGACAAAGCCACUGGAAGAGUAUGGGAUUUCACUACCAGUUUCUCCUUUAUCAUCUACUCGCCAUUUGAUCCACGUGGAGAUGGUUUGGCCUUCUUCCUCGCACAGCCUCCGUUUGGAAUUCCAAGUACUACUGAUGCCAGCGGAAUGGGUUUGACAGAGGCCGGUGGCUCCACCUCAAGUUCGCAUCCAUUUGUUGCGGUGGAGUUCGAUACCUUGCGAAAUUACUUCGACCCAAUAGAUGUUGGCGAGCAUGUAGGAGUCAACGUCAAGGACAUGAUUUCUAGUAAGUACUCAUCUUGGUCUUGUAAUAUCUCAACCUUGAAGGUAUACAAUGCCACUGUAAGUUACAGUUCUAGGAUGAAAAAUCUAAGUGUUAUCUAUACUGGAUAUAAUAAAGAGGAUGUUCCAUUUCAGCAAAGUCUUUCCUAUGGAAUUAAUUUAACAGAAUAUUUACCAGAGAGGGUUACUUUUGGCUUCUCAGCUGCCAAUGGAUUAUUCACUUCCAGACACAUUCUUCGUUCAUGGUCAUUCCAUUCUGGUGACUUCACAACAAGCACGACUUCUGAUUCACCAAAAAAAACAAGCACAAAUUCUAAGACAAGGUUGGUCAUUGGGAUAAGCGUAGGUGUUUGUGUUUUUGUUGGAGCUUUAGCUUUUAUUUCUUUUGGUAUAUGGAAGUGGAAGAAGAGUACCGAAGAGGAAGGUGAAGAUGAUGAUGAAUUGAGUAUUGAUCCGUUAAUGGACAAUGAUUUUGAGAGAAGCAGUGGAGCUAAAAGGUUUUCCUACGAUGAGUUAGUCGCAGCAACAGCCAACUUUUCAGAGGAAGAGAAACUUGGACAAGGAGGCUUCGGUUGUGUUUAUAGAGGUUUUUUGAAAAACAUGAGUUCGUAUGUAGCUAUAAAGAAGAUAUCCACCAAAUCUCAACAGGGGAUAAAGGAAUACGCAUCCGAGGUGAAGAUCAUCACCCAAUUGAGGCAUAGAAAUUUGGUACAACUCAUCGGUUGGUGCCACAGAAAGAAAGAUCUACUUCUCAUCUACGAGUUUAUGUCAAAUGGGAGUUUAGAUGUCCAUCUUUUCAGAGGUAAAAGCUUAUUGACUUGGGCGGCAAGGUACAACAUAGCUAGAGGUUUGGCCUCAGCAUUGCUCUACUUGCACGAAGAGUGGGAACAAUGCGUGUUGCAUAGGGAUAUUAAAUCAAGUAAUGUAAUGUUGGAUUCGAAUUUCAAUGCUAAGCUGGGUGAUUUUGGCUUAGCUAGGCUGGUGGACCAUGAAAAGGGGUCACAAACCACAAUGGUGGCUGGGACUUUGGGCUAUUUGGCUCCUGAAUGUUUCGCAACCAACAGGGCGAGGAGGGAAUCUGAUGUUUACAGCUUUGGUGUUGUGAUUCUGGAGAUAGCUUGUGGAAGAAAACCCUUCGAACCUGAGGUUGGAGAAAGUGAUCAUGAAGGUGGAUUAGUGGAGUGGGUAUGGAAGCUCUAUGGGAUGGAAAAGGUUUUGGAAGCGGCUGAUCCCAGACUUUGUAGGGAAUUUGAUGAGCAACAAAUGGAAAGAUUGAUGAUUGUUGGGCUCUGGAGUGCUCACCCGGAUUACAAUAUGAGACCUUCAAUUAAGCAAGCUACUCAUGUACUUGAAUUUGAAGCUCCAUUGCCUGCUCUGCCAUUAGAGAUGCCAUUGCCGACUUACUUGUCUCCUUCAUUUCCACAGUUUUUGUACGGUAGCACUUCUGCUUCUGAGGAUACCAAAACCGAGUCGUCAACCACUAUUAGUCACUAUACCAGUUCUUGAAGGAUCAAUAUUGACUUAGAAGCUUCUAAAAUUAACUAGUAUAUUUGACAUACUUGGUUGGCAAGUAAAGCAUUGGAAUUUGUGAAGAAAUAUCUAAAUUUGGCAAUGAAGAGCACCGACACAAUGGAGGAAGGUUUUGGAGUUGGUUUAUAACCGACAUUGUACAAAUUGUUAAAAGGGAAGCUUGGCUUCCAUUUGAGAUAAGCUAUCCUGGUGAGCUCUGGAGAUUGCAUGAGGUAGCUCCUCAUCUUAGUCUCUAGAGUGCUAUGCUUGUCAAUGUGAGUGUUCCAAAGGCUAUGUAAGUGUGGGUCCCGCUAAUGUAUGUAAGGGUUUAUAUAAAUGUGUUUGUAAAGUGUCUUGUAUAAGUCAUUAAUGUAAUACAAGUUAAUUUAAUCCCAACAAUUUGGCAUCAGAGCAAAAUUAGCCCCAACCGUUCCUCACAAUUCACUUCAUCUUUUAGCUAGUGGAUGGGUGUCUAGGUGUGGAAUUUUAUGCUUUUUGAUUCCAAAUAGUUUAGUUUGUACUCUUUAAUCUAUUGUUUGUUCAGAAGUUUGUUAUUAUACAUUUGACGUCAGCUUGUGGCCAUUCUAUAAAAGGCUAGAAUGUUAGAACUUGGCAAUUAUGUCAACCCAAACAGAACCAUGGGAUCUCUGUUUUAUGUUUUUUUUUUUUUGGCUAAACAAUAAUAUAGAUCAUCGUUCUGGUUUAGUAUUUUCCUUAUGUAGUAUUGGUCUGUGUUU